AUGAAGGUCCCUUACUUAAUUAUUAAAUCACUAGGAUACGCUCUGGACAGAGUGCUUGAAGUAGAGAGCAACGGGCUCACAGGCAUUCAAUUCUCUGAGAAUGUUCUUCCUAUUGGGCCCACAGGUAGCAGUCUUAUAGUUCUAGAUAGCCCAAGUGCAGCCAAAAUCAACUACCGCAUAAAGAUAAGGAAUGUACAUCCACUAAAGAUUGAAUCAGGGCUUCAUAUUGCAGAUGUAGUAACAGUCUAUGCAGAUGGGUCUUCUAAAACCACAUCUGUCUUUAAUAGGCCAAUAAUCCCAGACUUUACCACGCCGUAUUUAGUAUUUGGCGUGUGCGGUGGCAUAAUUGUAUGCUUAAUGAGUGCAUACAGCAAGGUACUUCUGUCCCUGAUAUAG